AGUUAAGCCUAAAGAGCGCGUUACAUGGAGUGUGCGUAACUUGACACGUUUGCAAAUGGUUAACGAGAAGGCGUUUAAUGUUCAGUCUGCUUAUUCAGAUCUCAACAAGGCUUGUAGUGCUCAAGCGUACGAUAAGAUUAUAAAUAUCUCUGGGAAAAUUCUUACAAAGUAUCCUGGUGAGACUAAAGCUUUCCUGUGCAAGGUUGUUGCCCUUAUUCGAACCGAGAAAUACGAAGAUUGUUUGAGUUUCUUGAAAAGAAACCCAACACUAUCUAGUCAUGUCAUCUUUGAGAAAGCUUACGUUGAAUAUAGACUUAAUCGUCUCACUGAAGCCGCAAAAACUCUUGAAUCAGCCGAGGCAAACGAUCCAAAAGCUCAGGAACUAAAAGCGCAAGUGUUGUACAGGAAAGGUGAUUUUACUGCUGCAUACGCCUACCUACGGUCAGUGAUUCGAAAUUCUCAAGAUGAUUAUAGUGAAGAACGGCUCGCGAAUCUAACGGCGGUGGCUGCUGCUGAAUCAUGCUUUAAUAACACUAAUCUGGACCUAGAUGUUAACCCCCAAAUGUAUGAAGGAAAGUUUAAUCUGGCAUGUUAUCAUCUUGGACGUGGUGACUGUCAUCUGGCAUCCAGAUUGUUAGAUGAUGCUGAAAAUACUUGUAAUCUGUGUCUCUCUGAAGACCCGGAAUUAACUGAAGAGGAGAAGAAUGAAGAGUUAGCUCCUAUAAGAGUUCAGCGAGCUUAUAUUUUGCAGAUCAAUAAGGAAGAAGAAGAAGCGAACCAGGUGUAUCAAUCAGUCAUUCGACAAAGAGCUUCAGAUACUGCUCUUCUAGCAGUGGCUGCUAACAAUAUUGUCUGUAUCAAUCAAGAUCAAAAUAUAUUCGACAGCCGUAAACGUAUUAAGAUGGCUUCUACAGAUGGUUUACAAUUUAAGCUUUUUUCUCGCCAACGUACUGAUAUGCUUAUCAACCAAGCUUUGUUUUACUGGUACACGAACCAAAUGGAAGCUUGUACCGCAAAGCUACGUACAGUUUUACAAGAGGAGUUAAGUCCAAGAGCUUUGCUUUUAUCGGCUGCUCAGUUAAUUAAAGAGAAAAAUAUUGAUAAAGCAGUUUUACUCUUGGAAAGUUAUUUGUCCAAUGUUACUGGUAAUCAGGUAGAUGCAGAAAUCCCUUUAGCUUUGGCUCAAAUAAAUCUUCGCCGAAUAUCUGCAAAUCAUUUGGGAACCGGUAGUCCGCAACCUAAAAAUGCAUUAAAUGUAGCCCAAAUGCUUGAAAACAUUCUUCCCCAGCACUUAAUUCAUUCUCCUGGUGUUUUGUCAACACGGAUCGCUUUAUAUCUUUUAGCGAGCUCUGGUGAAAAUGCUGUACAAACACGUCCCGAUAGCAUGAAACAAAUAGUCAAUUGUAUUGAAUCAACCCUUCAUUAUUAUGAAGAGUUAGGAGAACAGGUAAUUCUCUUCCCUAUAUAUAAUGAAUUGAAGAUAAUUUCCGAAUCAACUUGUUGAUGUUUUCCAGUCCGAACUUUGAUACUUGUAUCUUCUACUCUUGGUAUUCAUGUGAAAAACAAAAAUGGGUGAAACUUGAAUAUUAGAAAGUUUAUUACUAAAUGUAUUCGUGGUUUGUCAUUCUUCGUCUUUUAUGAUUUGAUUGUUGUAUCUCAUAUGAUUUUGUACAUCAUUUAUUGAGUUCAUGACAGUCUAAAUGCAGCUCGAGAAGUUUUAUUAUCAUAGGUGAAAAAAUGGAUUUGACUGAUAUUAUUUAAACUAUUGGUUUCUAUUCUCAGGACUUAAACUUCAUAUAAAUAUCGUUACAACUCUGAAUGAAUAUGUAAUGUAGAGUCUCUAAUUAUUGUUCUAAGGCCUUUAAAACCCAACAUUCGCACCCCUUUGAGUACUUUGUCAAAUAUCGUAAAGCGUCAUUGGAACUGAACUAUUUAUUUUUGUUAUCAUCAGUAAGACUAACAUUUGAAUUCAAUUUUAACUUGUAUUAAAUUUUCCAUUUGUUGGACUUCUUUGAUGGAUACUUUUAUGCGACUUAAACUAUGGUUUUCUGGAUGGAUGUCUUCAGAAUGAAACUUAUUCCCAUUUGUUGGAUAAUUGUGCUGGAUUUCUUCUGCAACAAGGUGAGGCAAAACUUGCGGCUGAAAUUCUUGAAAAACAGUUAGCCCGACUUGAAUCAAACGUUUCUCAAGAAAAACAAAAUAGUUUAAUCAAACAAGUACUGGUAGCUCGUUUGGUACGUGCCUACGCACAGUUUGAUCGUCCUAAAGCCGAACAAACCUGUAAAUCAUUACAAGCUAAAGAAUCCCUCUCAGAGGCUGAUGUAGAUACUUUGGAAACUACAUUUUUAUAUGGAGCAAAGUCUUUAAAACGGCUUGGCAAACCCAGUGAGCCAACGGAUAUUUCAGACAAGGGCAAGUCAAAACGAAACCAAAUAAAAAAAAACAUUUCUAAGUAAGUGUUUGAACUUAUAUAUUCAUUUAAAAACUUAAUUAUCCAAAAUCUUGGCAUACUCAAGGCAAUUGAUUGCUUUAUAACCAAUUAAUGCUAAUUGACGCAUAACCAAUAUUGGGUAGUGUAGUGUACCAGAGUUAUUCUUGAGAAUUUUUACUUGUAAGUAAUUGUGGAUUUUAGAGAAUCUUCAUAAAAUAUUCUUAGUGUUGUUACCUUGAAAUUUCUUCCGAACAAUAAAUUCAAUCAAAGGACAAACAGUCAGCUCGUGAGAAUCGGUCAUUGGUAUAUUUUGGAGCUAACAAGCAAAUUGAAAAGAAAUAACUGUCUCAACUUAUUUUAUCGAGUCUUCUCUUGAGCUGAUAAAGAAGUCGUUCAAAGAGACCGUCUGUGGUCCUCGUUGAAAGGAAAUUAAAAUGUAAAAACCUAUCUAAUUACCAAGUUGAAAAAAUGUAAGAUAUUUUUUGUAUUUCACCAGUAAUUAUAUAUCGAUGCCUAAUCCAAUGGAAAAAUGAAUUGCUGUGAAGUUCUAAAUUUCUCUACUAUUUUGCAACUUUGCUAUUUGUUUCUUAUUUCCUCAUCCACAGAGUUUUAUUGUAAAGUUUGUUUCCUAAUUACAAUCCUCAUUUCAGUUUCAGGACCAGUUGUUUAUUAUCACACUCAACAUUUAGGACGGUUAUAUUUCAACUUGUUUCAUCUAUAUUACUGUCUGUUAGUAUUAUUAACACUCUGAAAUACGGAUUACAUUCAGAAAUGAAACAUAAUUGUACGUGGGAAAAAAUCGAAUUGCCCCGUAAAUUUACAUCAAACAAUAAUAUUGAAAAUAAGCUCCAAAAUAUACAGUGUAGUACUCAAAAGCUAAUAAAUUAGCAACUUAUUAGUGUUGUGUAAGCUGUUAUAAAAGUCCUUGAGUUAUAUUUUAUAUGGAUAAAUUUUUCGUGGGUUGCUAAAACGAGCUAAAUCUGUUGAAUAAUUAAUCCAGUCAAUGCUCUAUUAGUUAGUUCAAAAGUGACUGAUACUAGAAAUAUAUAACUUGUCAGUAGAAAAACUGAGUAGGCAUUCUUUAUUGACCUAGUACUUAAUUUAUUGCUCAACCUUAUUUUACAUUAAACUGAGAUUGAAUAUUCUAAACAACUUCGAUAUACUGAAGAUUAAGGUCAUGAAGUUUUGAAUGGUUGAUCAGAAAUUUUUAGUCACCAACCAUUGUAUUCUUUGCUGUUGUGUAUAUUAAUUGUGUACUACUGUAAUUCUACUUUUUUAAAAUUUUAUUUAUCAGUACUCCUUCCUCAGAUCCUGGUGUGCAGCAGGUUACUUCACGUUCUAAGCGUAAAAAGAAGAAGAUUCGCCUGCCCAAGAAUUAUCAGCCAGGAGUCAUGCCUGAUCCUAAUCGUUGGUUACCCCGACGAGAACGUACUCACUAUCGUGGCAAACGUCGUGACAAGCGAUUUGCUCCUACACGUGGUCCUCAGGGUCAAAUAACUGGAGAAAGUGAAUGGGAUGCUGCUAUACGUAGUCCUAAAGUCAAAGUUCAUGAAGACGGUUCAGCAGGAUCUACUCCUAAACAAAUGUCUAAUACAGCUAAACAGCAACAAAAGAAAGGUCGUAAGAAAGGCCGAUAAUAUUACCAAGACUAAAUAAAACAACAGAGUAUCUAAUUAAUCUGUAAUUUUUUGAUCGUGUAAUAUAUAUAAUGUAUUGUGCAUCUAUGUACAUGUUAUUUGUACUGUAAUAUUUCUUUUUGGUUCAAAUUCUGGAAACAUUUGUAUGUAUACCUAGUGAAAUAUAUUUGUUUUUAUUAGAUAAUUCCGUUUGACAGUAUAUUCUUAAUAAUUAAAGCAUCAUUUUCAUGGGUUACAACCUUUAAUUUCUUAUCAUUUAUUUAUUAUUCAUUAUAAGUGUAGUGGUUGUUAGUCUUUUUCAUUAUACUUGUUCUUGGAAGGUUAUUUCUUUUUUUUCUUCAUUGUAUCACUACAUAUUAAUUUGGUCUUUAUGAAUUAUAUUUUUAUUUGGUAUUCAUGAGUAAGAAUUAACAGUGUUACCACUUCCUAAUAUUGUUAAAUAUGUGUUUCUUUUAUUUAAAAUUAUGGUUUACCUCUAAAAUAAUGUAGAGAAGGAAAAAAGUACUUCUGUGUACAUCUACGUUAGAGCGUAAACACAGUGAUAUUAUCUUGUUAGAAUAAUGGUAUACGAGAAAUGUGACUAUAUUUUAAGUAAUCAAAAAUAAAUACUGAUUGUCUGGGA